AUGCUCGGGUACGGUCUCGUGGACCUGCUUGUUUUGGUGGUAUUGGUCAAUAUAGAAGGAUCAAGGAAUUUGGGUCUCUUAUCGUGGCGUACAAUUCAUCAGACCCCGGCCUAUCUGCUCGCUCCGAAGCCGUUGUGUUUACGUGUUCAAGGCCUGACCCAUUCCCAGGCCCGACUUUGUCAACGUUAUUUCGAUCACAUGCCAGUGAUCAGUAUUGGGGCCAAACUGGGCAUUCACGAGUGUCAGAAUCAAUUCAAAUAUCGUCAUUGGAAUUGCACAUCGGACAGCGAGUCCUCGGCGUUUGGACCGGUGACACUUACAGGUGACUGGCAAAAGAUGUUCCAAGUGGACAGUGUAGCUUCCAUACAACAACCAGAAAGUCGUGCCGAAUGUGAAUCCAGUCGAGCUGUGUCGGAUUGA